UAUUUUAUCGGUAUGUAACUCCCAUCAUAAGUCAAGGAGCAUCUGUACUUUCUAAGGAGAAAUUUUUAAAAGUAGACAUUGCGUAUACACAUUAACUUUAUGUAUACAUGUUGUCAAAUUGUCAUCAAGGACAUUUAUACUAUUGUAUGCCUCCACUAAGAGUGUGAUAAUAGAUGUGUCUAUAUAAUGCUAGCUAACACGUGGUGUUACGAGUUUUUUUUUUUUUUUAAUUGUCAAUCUGAUGGAAAUAAUGGUAAUUUGAUCACUUAAAAAUUCAUCUAAUGAGGUGAGCAUCUUAAAUAUUCUGGCUGCUUUUAUUUCAUUUUAGGAGUCAUGUGUUUAUUGCCCUUUUUUUCGUUUUUCUGUGGAGGCCAUCUUUUUCUUAUUGAUUUAGAAGAAGUCUUAAUAUUUAGAUUCUUUAAUUUCAUAACUUUUAAUAACACAAUUGAUAGUGUCCUUUGUCAUAUGUUUUAUGUAGUUUAAUAUAUUUUAUGAUUUCUAUCUUUGGUCAUCUUACACACAGUGAAGUCAAGACUCAUAGAAUUUAAUGUAAGAGCAGGAGAUUUUAAUUUGGGGUUGGUCUGUGGACUUGUAAGUAUUCUGAGGAUGGACUUCAUAGUUCUCAAAUACAAAUGGAAUACGACAUUGGAAUUAUACAUAAAUUUUUAUUUUUCUGGUGACAGAUUCAGUCAAAUUCAUCUGGUUCUCAAAUCAUAUGACUCUUAUGACUCUGUGCCCCCUUUUAUACAGCGUAUAUAUUUAAAUGCCCCUUUUUUCUGUUUCAAGUGAAAUUCAUAGGUAGUAUAAUCUUCCAACCUAUACAAAGGAUUUAAAAAGAAAAUGCAACAUAAUUUUUUCUUGACUGGAACAGAAAACAUGGGACAGACAAAAAUGUUAGAAUACUUUGCCAUGACCACAUUAGAAAACAUAAAGGCUUUUUGCAUUGGAGUUACCUGGAACCGUAAAAAAAAGUUGAUGCCUGUUUCUUUUAAAAUUAAACAUACAGCUGCACCAGUUCCACUCCUAGGUAUUUGCUCGAGAGAAGUGAAAACAUGUCCCCAAAAUGUAUAGGGAGAUUUAUAACAGCUUUAAUAGUCCACAAAUUAAAACAACUCCGCUGUUGGUCAACAAAAAGAACAGAUAAACAAAUUGCAGUGUGUUCAUACACUGGAAUACUACUCUGCAGUCAAAAAGAAUGAACUACUUUUUUCUUGAUGAAAUGAAUAUGAAUGAAUCUCUGAAACACUGUGUUUAGUGAAAGAAGUCAGGUACAGAAGAGUACACACUAUGUGAUGGAUUAUGUUUAUAUGAAGUUCAGAAAUGAGGCUAUAGCAUUAGAAAUAUGAGGAGUGAUUGCUUAUGGAAAGUGGGGGCACUGACUGGAUGUAGGGCAGGAGGGUACUUUCUGAGUAGGGGAAAUGUCCUGUAUCUUGAUUGGGGUGUUUGUUACUCCAAUAGAGUUGUAGACUUAAGACCUCUGCAUUUCACUAUACAUAAACUUUACCUCAAAAACAAACAAUGAAACAGAGCAAAAAUACUGAUGCCUAUGUCCUGCCUUCUAGAGAUUCUAAUUUAAUUGGUUAAGGGUGUUGGCCUGGGCAUAGAUAGUUCUCAUGUGCAGCCAGAGUUGAGAAUGAUGCUUUUGUCCUUGGAUGUAGGCUCAUCAUGAAUGCAACUGCUACUCAUGCAGAUUGGCAACCAAAUUAUAAUUAAGAGAGGCAUUGCUGUAAGCAGUAACUCUCACGAUAUUUGCUGCGGCCUGCAGGCGCGAACCGCUGCCGGGUUCUGGCGCGCCCUUUCAGUUCUGCUUGUCGCCGGCACCCCUGCGUUACCCCGAACUGCCGGGCGGAGCAGCAUGACCUCCGCCUUGGAGAACUACGUCAACCGAACUGUUGCCGUUAUUACAUCUGGUGGGAGAAUGAUUAUGGGAACACUGAAAGGUUUUGACCAGACCAUUAAUUUGAUUUUGGAUGAAAGCCAUGAGCGAGUAUUCAGCUCUUCACAAGGGGUAAAGCAAGUGGUACUGGGAUUAUACAUUGUAAGAGGUGACAACGUUGCAGUCAUUGGAGAAAUUGACGAAGAAACAGAUACUGUGCUUGAUUUGGGGAAUAUUCGAGCAGAGCCUUUAAAUUCUGUAGCACACUGAGGAAAAACUACAUACUUGGACACCUGUAAAUCUUUGUACAGAAACUGAUUAUUCUGAGGAUGAUAUAUGGAAUUUUUAUGAAUGUGUAACUGGAUUUUGACUCCUUAUUGAUUCAUUGUAAUGUGUAAAUUAAAAUAUUUCUACAUUUUAUUGGGGAGAGAAAAACGCUUUUUUUUUUUUUGCCUGAAUGUAAGUUUGGUAGCUUGGUUUCUUUUUUUAAUUAAAUAGUGUGAAAAUAUAAUGGUCGUUUUGAAAACUUUUAGCCAAAAGUAGUACUUUUUGAUAUUUUAGUAUUUAUGGAAACUAGUGGAAAAGAGAAAUUAGUGUGCUAUGUAAACCAAGCAUUCAAAUAACAUUAGUAGUAUAGGAUAUAUGUGUUUUCUUUCCCUGAUAUUUAGGAAAAUCACAGGAGGCUAAAUCUUUCCUGGAGUUAUCUGAAUCACCGGCGUUUAUCCGAUUCCACUGGUGGUGGUUUGCUAAUGCUUCUAAAAGUUGCUCUCUAGCACUGAGAAGUGUGGGUAGGUAAAAAUGUGUUUGCUUGAGAAAACAAAAAUGCUAACAAGGUUUUAAUAGAUUGGCCCAAAAUUCCAACUUGAGUAUUAAGAAUUACUAGCAAUGGUAGAAUUCACAGAGAUAAUUGGUAAAGUCUCUUGAUGCCCAAUUGAUUAGGUAUGAAAGUAAUACGAACACAUUAAUGUUGAAUUUUACAGACAGUAUAUUAUGUGAAAAAAAUUGAUUCCAUGUAGUCUUCAAUUUUUAAUUUUUAAGAAUUGUAAUAUUAGUGUUUAUAAAUGUGAGUAAAUUAAGUUUAUAUUGAAGUAGUGCUAGCUAUUAUUGUCAGCAAUUUUCCGUGAUUCAUUAUCCAUAAACCUGAUUUCAGAAGACACCAACUUAGUUUUUUAAAUAAUUGAUAGAAAUAAUGUUGUAAGUAGUGUUUAGAUAUCCAGGCUAGUCCACAAAAUUUCUGAUCAACUCAUGUAUAGGCCAAAGUGUGUAUCUUUGUGAUGAGAAGAAAACAGAAAAAUGUUUACAUCCUUGUGGAAAAAAAAAAAAAGAUAUUGCUUAUCCUUGACAAGAUUUUUUCAAGCGGAGAGACACCACUUGGGAAAAUUUCAAACAAGUUUAAUCUUCCCUUAAUUUACAGUCUAUUAAACUACUGUGUAAAAAAACUCCAUCCCUUUUUCUUUAUAUGUGUACAGUUAGGUUCUAGGCUUAGAUAAUUGUAAAAUUUUUUUCAGCUUCAGGGCUGGAGGACAUUUAAAAUAAGUUGGUACAGGAUAUUAACCAUCACUGGCCUUUGACAAGUCCAUUCAUUGUGACAAUGAAAAUGUUCUCAUGUAUUUUCAAAACGACUCUUUUGACAACUACUGACAGUCUCAAUUACCUAAACCUUCCCAUCCAUAUGUGUUUAAUUUCCAUUAAUAGGGAAACAUUUUAAACAUUUGAUAAAAACCUUCUUAAAACAUCCCAAUUUUAGGUCCACAAUUCCUUCUGUGCAAUUCUGAAAUUCAGAAAUUCCUGAAAAUUGAACUUUUCUCUUUUUUUGCUGUCUUCGCUUUGCUCCCAGUUAAAAGGACUGCUUAAAGAGGGCAGGUCACCUUAGUUAUGCACAAGCAAGUGUUCUGAUACUGUAGCCUCACCCCUGGGCAUGAACUUUUUUCCCUAAUUCAUUUGGUUGAUAAAAUAUGACUUACACUGAACUGCGAUGUGAGGCUAAUAUUGGUGUUUAUUUAUAUCAUUUUCCCAUGAGAGUUAAUAUUUAUAAAUUAUACUUCUCUGCAGCAGUAUUUUCCAGAUUCUCAGUUCUGAAGCACAUCUACUGGCCUGAAGAGUUUGAAUAAGGGACUGUAGAUCUCUAUUGCCAAUGUAAAUGUAUUAGUUGUAAUUAUUAAGAGCAGGAGUUUUUAAUUUGGGGUUGAUCCGUGGACUUGUAAGUUAACAUUAGCUAGCAGUUAAAGUUAGUGAAAAUGCUGUUUUUGAGGGGCUUGGGAGUCUAAUAAAAGAGCAUCCAGGCUUAUUUCCAUUAGGAAAUUCCAGCUUUAUUUUAUAAUAUUAAGUGUGACUAUUGAUAACUUUUUUUUUGUCAGUUCUCUUAUUCUGUAGUCUACUUCUUUUGCAUUUGAAGUAGAGAAUGUGUGAUGAUGAAUUUUAGGUAUCUUUGGUGGGGAGGGUACUUUUUGGUUUUGAGAGUAAGUGGUCAAUUUGACUGAGAUGAUUCCUGUGCUGGUAUCAUGGGAGCAUACAGAUGAGUCACUAAUGAGGUGUCUUACAUAGUACUGUGUCUUUUUGGUGCUGCAGAAAGCUAGUUGUCUGACGUUUUACCAGAGAGUUGUAAAACCAAGUAAGAUUUCUUAUAAGUUGUAUAUAUUUUAAGUUAAUAUCUGAAAGAAAUGCCUGUUAGAGUAAUUACUAAAGUGCUUGACUAUGUCACAUUUUUUAAAGCUAUGUGGAUGGAAGAGCAAUUGUUGUUUGUAAAUGUAUAAUGUAUAUUAAAGAUGAUAUGUGAGUAAAGAGAAUCAAGAGUGUUUCUACAUUUGAAUGCAAAAGUUCUAUAGGUCAGUGAUUUCCUUCCUGACUUGUGUCCCAAAAUGUAUAUAAAAUGUGUUUAAUUCAGCAUUUCUUGUUUUCUUCUUAAAUUGCCACUAUGAAAUUUUAUUGGAAAAUUGGAGAAAUUGGCUAUUGAGCUACUAGAAAAAUGUCAGAAUCCAUCCGUAAGGCUUCAUAGUUUAAAAUACAGGUUUAUAGAUGUGUGUGUGUGUGUGUGUGUGUGUGUGUGUGUGUGUGUAAUUUGGGUGUGGAAUAA